AUGUUAAGUAGCCUGACAACUAGCUCAACAACCAGCUCGACAUCAAGCUCAACAACUAGUUCAACAAGUAGCUCGACAACUAGUUCGACAAGUAGUCCGACAACUAGUUCGACUACUAGUUCUACAAGUAGCUCGACAACUAGUUCAACAAGUAGUCCGACAACUAGCUCGACUAGUAGUUCUACAAGUAGUCCGACAAUUAGCUCGACUACUAGUUCGACAAGUAGCUCGACAACUAGCUCGACAAGUAGUCCAACAACUAGUUCGACAAGCAGCUCGACAAGUAGCCCAACUACUAGUUCGACAAGUAGCUCGACAACUAGCUCUACAAGUAGCCCAACAACGAGUUCGACAAGUAGCUUGACAACUAGCUCUACAAGUAGCCCAACAACUAGUUCGACAAGUAGCUCGACAACUAGUUCGACAAGUAGCUCGACAACUAGCUCUACAAGUAGCCUAACAACUAGUUCGACAAGUAGCUCGACAACUAGUUCGACAAGUAGCUCGACAGCUAGCUCUACAAGUAGCCCAACAACUAGUUCGACAAGCAGCUCGACAACUAGCUCUACAAGUAGUCCAACAACUAGUUCGACAAGUAGCUCGACAACUAGCUCUACAAGUAGCCAAACAACUAGUUCGACAAGCAGCUCGACAACUAGCUCUACAAGUAGUCCAACAACUAGUUCGACAAGUAGCUCGACAACUAGCUCUACAAGUAGCCAAACAACUAGUUCGACAAGUAGCUCGACAACCAGUUCAACAAUUAGCUCGACAACCAGUUCGACAAGUAGUCCGACAAACAGAAUAGACGCAUCCGAUACCUAA